AUGUCGGAUCAACCUGCUUUCGGAAAAUCAAACCUAAGCCCUAUCAAUUCUGGAUCUUCCGCGGACAAACGAAAAAACUCAAAUAUUACUAGAAAAGAUGAUGAUAGGGAGAAAGCUAAUCAAAAAAAGCAAAAACUCGAAUAUGUAGUCAGUGGAAAAUCGGAUAUAAUUGUCAGUUUAAAUGAUAAAUGGGUUUUACCAAUCAUUGAAAGGGAAAAAACUCACGAAUUUCGAAAAUGGAAAGCUGACAUUGAAACAAAAAGAAUGUGGAUAUAUGUUAAUCGGCCUGUUUCCAAAUUAAUGUAUAUUUUUGAAAUUGAUCACCCAGUAGAAUAUCCUAAUCAAAUCCCAGAAGAUAACAUACAUAAUAGGUUAUUCAAUCAAGGAAAAAAGUCUUCAUUCGCUUAUCGAAUUAAACAUUUGUAUAAAUUAGAUUCUCCAAUUGAUGCAAAAAUGUUAAAAAGGGAUUAUUGCAUUCAUCCUCCACAAAAAUUUACUUAUGUUAGUCGUUAUCCACAACUAGCAAAUGACAUAAUUAUUGGCGAACAAACUAAAUUAUUUUAG